UGACAUUAGCAAAUUGCUAUCCAGUCGAUCGACACUUGAUUGCUCUUGUGACUAUAUUUUCUGUGCGAAAUGGUGCUUCUUCAGGUGAAACGCGGAGACGAGCUUAUCUUCCUCUAUGAGACAAGCGUUAAGGAGAAGACUGAUACUGUGCUUCGCGAGCUUGUGGCUCUGCACAAUGGUCAACUGAAGAUUCAGCGUGUCUGCAUGGAGAUUGAGGAGCUGGCCGAACAUGGCACCAUGGUGCCGCCUGAAAUGAUUGGCCUCAACGAGGAACAGAGGGAAGAGCUCAAGCUUAAGGAUGUCUGGGCGGAUAAGUGCAUCCCGUCUGGUGGUUUCACUAUCAACAAGGAUCCGCUCCUUCGCCGUAACGGACAGCAGCCAACUGAGGCGAUGCAAAAGGUCCUGGCAGGUGCCAUGAACGACGCCAAGGCUAUGGUGGAUCGGCGCUUAGCUAAAUCCUCAAAGACCUUGACCCCAAAGAUCGUUGAGGAGGCGUUGAACCUCCUGCGUGGUGGUGUCACUAUUGUAUAUCCCAUGCAAUUGCCGCCCCACGACUCCAUACGCAUGGAGUUCACCAAUACCGAGGAUCUGACUGGCACCCAGGCCUCCAAGGAGGUCAUCGAACCGUCCAAGGCUCAGUUCUGGUUUGCAGGACACCAGAUGCUGAUGGGGAAGCUAAUGAGCGACUAUUUGGGUCACAACGACAAAACCAAGGUGGUCGUGAAGCUAAAUCAAAUUGGUGAAGGACCACCGGGACGCGAAGCCGUGAUCUCCGAUCCCUUGCGUCGCCAGAUGAUGGCCGAGGCCUAUCGCCGCCAGGAGGAACUCAAGAAACUUGAGCAAGACGAUGACGACGAGUAUCUCAACUCCUCCUGGGCCGACAGCGGCAGUCUGAAACGUCAGGCGCAUGGUCUGGAAAAUGUUAGAUUCCGAUUCAGAAAAUGAGCCGCUACUGGACUCGUAGACCGCCGAGCGGUCAGCCACGGACCACGGAGCAGGCGGAGAUCACCGGAGCGGAGACCCAACCCGAAAAAGAACUCAUGAGGCAACCGUAAAGCGCGAUACACCCCAAGUAUUUCUACCCGAAACAAUCGACAACAACGCAGCGAAUGCGACCGAACCUGAAUACCUUCAGAGCUGUUAGCGGCACCUAAUGAACUAUGAUAGAUUAUAUUUACCUUAUGAACUAGCUACUCGGAUUCACACCUACACUCACACAAACACUCACCCACAUUAAGCACGCUAGAUAGCCGGAGUAACUCCGGACUGCCACACCCACUCAAAAUUGCAAUGCACGGGCAUUAUAGUAUGUGCACAGUAUCUGAUAUCUGGAGGAUCUUAGGCGAUUGGUACAAAUACAAUAAAAACAUAGGCCGCAUGGACUCGAGCAUGGAGUGCUAUUCAUAUACCUAGAGGAAAAACUAUAAUACUUAUACACGCAUAUACAAAUAUUUACUUGAAUUAUUUUUCUAUUCGCAACAAUCGUCGUCGUCUCGAGGCAGAAACACAGAUAAACUCCACCAACUCCACUACCCCACUACCCAUUGCCCAACAUCCACAAUCCAAAACCCAAAUUCCAAAUAGAGCAAAUAAAAGCAAAAGAAAAAC